ACAGCUACAACAAGUAAAUGAUGUGGAUGCUCAUGGUAGUGGGAACCUUUUUGGGGUUAGGGUUAGGGUCAGAGAGCCCUUCCCCUGGGGUCCACACCCUGCAGACCCUCCACUGCCCAUCGUGUGAACGUAUUCACUGCGGUCCACGCAGGGCCCUCAAACUCCAGUGUAAGGGUGGUGUGACGACUGGCAUCUGCAGCUGCUGCCCGGCAUGUGCCCGGACAGUCGGGGAGAGUUGUGGAGGAACGUGGGACUAUCUGGGCAAGUGUGACAAGGGUCUGGUGUGUGUUUACCAAGAGUCCACUGAUGGCAAACCAGAUGCAGAGCAAAAAGGAAUCUGUAAAGCAGCUCUUGAGUCCUUGGAUGUGGAGAGCUGUCGCCCAGAGUGCACCAUGGAGUACUGCCAGGCCAACCCCUCAGAGAUCUGCUCAGCCAGGUCAGUGUUGCUGGAAAAGCAAUAUUGCCACGGCCCGUGCCAGCACACCUCCUGCUCCAGCUGUAUGGUGCUACGACCUCCCUCCUGCUCCCACACGUGUCCUCCCUCUGACCCGUCCUGCCUGCAUCGGUUUGGGAGGUGUGUUCACAACCACAUGCUAGCCCCCCAUAACCCUAUCUGCCACCAGAACCUGCAGACAAAUAUUCAAGGACACUUUCUCUGCUUUGUGCCCGCCUGCCCAAAUGCAUCAAACUGAUGCUUUGCGACUAAAGAAAAGUCCUAGUUGUAAACCUUCACUGAAAUGUAGCAGAAAAAACAGAUGGCAGCUAUUUUUAUAAACUGUAUUGGUAUAACUUGAUAAUGAUUUAUGCAUUGAUCUACUUUCAAAUGACUUAUGUAGCUCUCAUACUUGCCAAAUUGAGUGUAGAUUUGCAGUGUGCUGUUAUUUCAUUGUGUUUAUCACAAUUGCAACUAAACUCUACUUGCCCUUUACUACAACUGUUUGAGCUUCAUUAAAUGUAGUUGCUACAGAAGAUGAAGAGGGAUUCUCACAUUUCAAUAAAAUAUUCACCAUUAAACAGUGUUCCCC